AUGUCUUCCACUACUGUUUUUGUUUCUGGUGCCAAUGGUUUCAUUGCUCAACAUGUAGUCAAACAAUUGCUCGACAAAGGUUAUUCGGUUGUCGGUAGUGUCAGAUCAACAACCAAAGGUGAACUGUUAAAGCUGUUAACCAAUUCCAAUAAAUUUUCUUACGAAGUUGUUUCCGAUAUCAGCGAAGAAGGAGCAUUCGACGAAGCCUUAAAGAGACAUCCAGAAGUUACUGUUUUCAUACAUAUGGCAUCUCCUGUAUCUUUUUCAGUCAAGAACAUCGAAAAUGAUUUAUUACAACCGGCCAUCAAGGGAACCAAGAAUGCUCUUAAGGCAAUCAAAGAACAUGCUCCACAAAUUAGGAGAGUGGUCGUUACUUCUUCCACCGUUGCUGUUUUCCCAAGAGGAGUUAGUACUGAUUUUGAGAAAUUUUAUAAUGAAGAAGAUUGGAAUCCAAUUAGUUAUGAAGAUAGUUUGACGAAUCCAUUUGUGGGAUAUGUUGGGUCCAAGAAAUUUGCAGAAUUAUCAGCUUGGGAAUUUGUGAAGGAGUAUAAACCAAAUUUUGAAAUCUCAUUUGUUAAUCCUUCACUUGUAUUUGGUCCUCAAGCUUUUGAAAUCAAAGAUAAAUCUCAAUUGAACCUUUCUGCUGAAGUUGUAAAUGGUGUAGUUAAAUUAGGUCCACAAGAUGAGAUUCCAGAAAUGGUUGGGACAUUCAUUGAUGUUAGGGAUGUUGCAAGAGCACAUAUUUUUGCAUUUGAAAGUGAUAAGGCAAUCAAUAAGAGAUUCGUGUUGGCUAAUGAGAAGUUCUCAAAGGAACUAAUUGCCCAUUUGAUAAAUGAGAAGUUUCCACAGUCAAGGGUCCCAAAGGGAGAUUUGACCAAGCACGAUGAACAAAUUAAGAAGGAAUUUAAUAUUGAUACAUCACAGACUAGAGAAAUCCUUGGGUUUGAUUUCUUGGGACUCGAGGAGUCUGUUGUUGAUACCGUUGAACAGAUUUAUGCAACCAUUUAG